AAAACAAAACCCAAAAUGGCGGACAAAUUUUUUAAAUGUUCGAAAACUUUUAAAUCUUCAUUUUUUACAGCGUUCGUUCGCACAGAAAACAUUUUAUGCACAGCAUGUUUAAAUAAGAAAUUCGUAUGUGUGAGCACACGGUUUGCAAGUCGUCUUUCUACUCUAAGUAAAUCUAUAAGUAAAUCCAAAGAAACAAAGGAACCUUCUGUAAAGAUUCGUCCAAGAAUAAAGUCACUUUCUAAAGAACAUCCUCCAGAAAAAGAGCAGGAUGAUUUAUUGUGUUUAACAUACUCUACUGGUGAGAGAUAUCAUUUACUUGGAUUACGUGAUUCUAUAUAUGCGUUAAAAGAUAAAUAUACAAUAACAGCUUUACCAAAAGAUGCCAGGGAUGUUUUACAUGUCUGUACAACAAAGAAAGACCAAAAUGGUACAAGUACCGGGGACAUAUUCUUUUUCAGAUGGCUUGGUGCUGUUGUUUUUUGGAAUAUAGAAAGCGAAGAGAUUCUGCAGAUACAAAGUAUCAUUAGAAGGUUUGAAGAAAGCAGCAGCUAUGAAAACGAAGACAUCGAAGAAGAAAGUGAAGAAAUCCCUUACUCAUAUUGCAAAAAUGGGACUAGUUUUGUGAAAGGAAGAAUAAAUCUCAAUCAAGAUGCAAGCAAUGAGAUGAAAGCUCUGGAAAAGUUUGCAUUCUCGAAUGCUAUUGCUUUAUCAGUAAAGCUUGGUAUUUGGGAGUCAGAACUUGAAAAGUAUAUUGACUCAAUAGCUUGGGUUCCUGAUGCUUUAAGCAAAGGUGUAAAGCUGAGAAUGUCACGUAAGGAAAUCCUAGAGAAAACUGGAGAACUGAUAUCGCUUCGGUAUAAAAUUAAUUUAUAUUCAGACCUAUUGAUGACUCCAGAUUUUUAUUGGGAUCGUGAGGACCUUGGCUACUUGUAUGAGAGCAUGUGUUCAUAUAUGGAAGUUAGAAGAAGAACUAAGGUUAUGAAUGAGAAACUAAAUCACUGCAAUGAGUUAGCGGAAUUACUCAGGACACAUCUUAGUGAAAAGCACUCAUUUAAUCUGGAGUGGGGAAUCAUAGUGCUCAUUGCGAUUGAGAUUGUAUUCGAGAUUAUCCACCUGAUAGAGAAUCAUUUUCCAUUAAGCUGAUAAUUUCUCUCGUCUGAUGAAGAAUUUUAAUCAAGGAACGCUAGAAAAAGGUUGUAAGAAAUUAAUGACACCAAUGCAGAAUGUUUACCACAGCAGUGAUUGCACCAUUUCACAGUCUGGGGGUCAAAACAAAAGGAUCCCCUUUUCUUGAAAAACUUUUUUUGAUCUUGAUAUUUUUCAUUGAUUUGCCGACCUCCGAAUAUCCGAGGAACUUAGUGCAAAAGGUAGAUAGCUUGAUAAAGUAUACUCUAGGAAAUUGGGUAGUUUUUUGCUAUUAAAAUUUCCCGCUACGAUAGAUUUCAUGUUGUAUUGCAGUUUCUAGCGGUUUUGGAAAUUUUGAAAUAAUUUUUUUAACUAUUGGUUGCUGCUUAUUAGAACUGUUUGCUGUGAGCCAUCAGGCGAGCAGCAGGACUUAUCUUUACAAUUGGGAUCCCUGUGUGCUAUAUGCCAGAAAGAAACUCGAUUUGUGGUUGUCGAGAUGAUUUUCGGAGUAUGCAGUAUGUUUGUUGUUUUUGUAUGUUUGGUUUUCACCUACGUCAUCAAAAAUUUUGCAAGGAUUUAUAUGAAACGAAACUUCCACAGGCCGAAAGAGUGGCCAAAACUAUGUCUCAGCCACAAUUCAAGCUAAGAGAAGUUUUAGAUACGAAGAUAUAAGCGAUUGAUUAUGGCAAAAAUUUUAGUUGAAAUGUAUGGGUCCGCCAUCUUGGUGUCUCAUUGAGGGACACCAAUAUGGCGGCCAAAUCACGAAGUUAAAAAUAAUGUAUAAAUGGCAAACAUUUCAAAUUUUCAAUAACCAUAAUCAUAGAAAUAAAGUUACCAGUCAUCUACUAA